AUGUGGUUGGAACCGUCUUCAGUCCUCUUCCAGGAUAGUAUCUCCCGGCUGCACUUGGUUGACAUCAAGCCUAGCAAUGGAUUGUUCACUUGGAACAACAGGAGGGUCGGUGAGAAUUGGAUUGUUGAACGAUUGGAUCGCUUUUUGGUGUCUUGCUUUUGGAUUGGCGGGGGGUGGUCCACAAAUUCUGAGGUUCUUGACUGGAGAGGGUCGGAUCAUUGGCCCAUCAAGUUGGUUUCGUCCUCGGCUCGGGUUGCCCGCUCACCUUCUUUCAAAUUUCAACUUAUGUGGCUUCGGGACCCCUCUUUACAGGAUCUGGUUGCGGACUGGUGGAGGAAAGGCAGGCCGGCCUUUGGCACUGCCAUGUUCACUUUUGCCAAACAACUGCAAUUUGUUAAGCGCCAGCUUAAAUAG